GAGUCCGGGCAGCCCGGGCGAUGGGGGCGGAACGGCAUUUAAAUGAGCUUUCCUCUGUUCAUUCACACUCAAUGCUGUUCAACCAUGGAGCUCAAAGCAACGUCUGUGCUGCUGCUCGUCUGCAUCACCUUCAUCAUCCUCACCAGCACUGAAGUGGAUGCCAUUCCCAGUUGUUGCCUGAGAGUUUCAAAGGGCAUGCAUCCACGCCAGAUCCGUUUGGUCUCCGAAUAUAUGAUCCAGCACAAAUCUGGUGUCUGUGACAUCGAUGCAGUGAUAUUAUACGUCGGAAAGAAGCGGUUCUGUGCUGAUCUCGGAGUCUUGAAGCGCUUGAAGAAACUCAAGAAGAAUCACAAACCCAAACGGAUUUAAGCAAAGACUUAUAAUGCAUGCAUCUGCUGGCAGUUUCAGUACUUCAGUUUCAGACAUAAACAAAUAUAAGAACUGUUAGUAAAAUGCUGAAAAAAAAAAUACUCUUUUGAUUAGACGUUUAUAUUCUAAACCCUUUUCUAAUACUAUAUUAAAGUAUUAUUUUUACA